GCUCGUUUUCCCUUUUAUGUGCGCGGCCAAGUGAGGGAGACGAGCCGCGGUCGGGCGCGGCGUUUCUAGCUGUUUCGUGGAAGCGGCCGCUGCCGAAUCACUGUGUCGAAGAGGAGUCCUCCUUUUCUUCAGCCUCGUCCACAAAUGACCGGAUUUAUUGUGUCACCCCGCUGGAUACGUGCGAGCAGCAGUAACGACGGACAGCGUUGACUACCAAAAAUACACCAGACCAGACGUUCACUGUGGACCGCGACGCGAUCAGAACAGAAGCUAGCUAUAUUAGCUAACCAUUGAUUUUAACAUACAAUUUUUUAAUCUUCCUUCACCUCCUCUGGAAAUCCAACUGGAAUUAGAGGAUUAUUUUUCUUGUUUUUUCCCUCACAUUUUAGCAAAAAAAAAACGCGUAGGCUUCAGUAUUAUUUUUCCCAAAACAAAACGAACGGGUUUUCAGAACCUUAUCCAGAAUCUUGGAAACCGCUGUGUGGUUCGCGAGCGAAGUGCGCCGCGCUCCCGGUACACGGGAGCGAGCAGUGCACGCGGGCGACAAGUCACUGCACUACCGAACGGGAUUGUUUAUUAAAUGGGAAACGUGGGGGGGGGGGACUAGGGAUUGAAACAAAAUUUUAGUAUGCGCAAGAUAGACUUUGUGUGAAGACAGAGAUAUUCCUGCCUAAAUCUGUUUUGCAUAGUUUUUUUUUUUUUUAUUUUUUUUUUUUUAAUUCGGAGGCCUUGCUUGGUUGAAGUCAAAUGGACGCGUCAUGUCACCGAAUCCGUGAAUUUGCAACUUGCAAGUGAUUUGUUAACACCUCGUUUGAUAUACUGACUCUAUUUGUACGAGGCACUUUUGAGCCUUUAUAACUAAUUCAACAUUAUGUCAUGUAAAUAAAGGUUGGAGUCCGUGGUCUCCGCCGAGCGGUUUGUCCACACUUGCACUUCUUUCAUCUCCUCUGGCCUCUCGGUCAUUGUGUCUGCGUGUUUCAGUCCUAAAAUAUGACUAAAUACCUACUUGGUUAGUUAAUAUCGAAAAUUAUGAGGACAAAGCUGCUGUAAGGAACACAAAUUUGAGACGUAAACACGGAAAACGUCGACGACGCUACGUUUUGACGGUUCACAAGGACGCGAACCGUGAGCGCGCUUGACAGACGGAGACAUGAGUUUAAACUUUGACAUCAGUGAAUGCUACGGCUGCAGUGAAUGAACUGGGACAGUCAGCGGUGAUAAGUGUUUUUUUUUUUUUUUUUUUUCCCCCCCUUCCCUUUUUAAAAAACGGUGACUGUGUCGGAUAGGAGCCGAAGGCGCGCGACAGCCAUGGCCGUUACCGCGCGGAGGCGCGCUCUCGCCUGGGGACUGUGCGCCGUGCUGCUGCUCGGACCCGUGGCAGCUGCUCAGAGCGAGGAGCGGGAGUGUGCCUUCAACGACCACCAGCAGCAGUUUGAUGAGCAGCACGUGGGUGGUGAUGGACGUAUCUCAUGGGAGAAUACCACCAUUCGCUGUGCCAAGGGCAGCCGCUGCUAUGGCCUGUGGGAGAAGGCCCACGAUGGGAACAUCCGCCUGGUCAAGCAAGGUUGCUGGGCUCACAUUGGUGACCAACAGGAGUGCCAUGAUGACCGCUGCGUGGUGACCAACACCCCCCAACUCAUCCAGAAUGGCACCUACCGCUUCUGCUGCUGCAGUACCAACAUGUGUAAUGUGAACUUCACAGAGAACUUCCCCCCGCCCAGCCCUACCAGUGCCCAGCCUAUCCAGCCAAAGCUGUAUCGUGAGGAGGCAAUCGUCAUUGCCCUGGCAUCGGUCUCCAUUGUUGCCGUUCUCAUUGUUGCACUCUUCUUUGGAUAUCGAAUGCUGACAGGAAACAGAAAGCAGGGUCUGCACAACAUGGAUGAGAUGGAGGCAGCAACGUCUGAACCCUCAUUGGACCUGGACAGCCUGAAGCUGCUAGAGCUGAUUGGCCGAGGCCGGUAUGGCUCGGUGUACAAGGGCUCUCUUGAUGAGCGGCCCGUGGCAGUCAAGGUGUUCACGUACGCCAACCGGCAGAACUUUGUGAACGAACGCGGAAUCUACAGACUCCCUCUGCUGGAGCAUGACAACAUUGCACGGUUCAUUGUGGGUGAUGGGCGCCUGACAACGGACGGCCGCAUGGAGUAUCUGUUGGUUAUGGAGUACUACCCACAUGGUUCUUUGUGUCAGUACCUGAACUUGCAGGCAGGCGACUGGGUGAGCUGCUGCCGUCUGGCCCACUCAGUCACUCGAGGCCUAGCCUAUCUCCAUACGGAGCUGGUGCGAGGAGACUUGUACAAGCCAGCAGUUUCCCACCGGGACCUCAACAGCAGGAACAUUCUGGUGAAGAAUGAUGGCACGUGUGUGAUCAGCGACUUUGGGCUGUCCAUGAAACUCACUGGGAACCGGAUGGUGCGGCCUGGCGAGGAGGAGAAUGCUGCCAUCAGUGAGGUGGGCACCAUACGUUACAUGGCUCCCGAGGUGCUGGAAGGGGCAGUAAACCUGCGAGAUUGUGAGUCUGCUCUCAAGCAGGUGGAUAUGUAUGCCCUUGGCCUCAUCUACUGGGAGAUCUUCAUGCGCUGCUCUGAUCUCUUUCCUGGGGAGACAGUGCCGGAAUACCAGAUGGCCUUCCAAGCAGAGGUGGGGAACCACCCUUCCUUUGAGGACAUGCAAGUUCUUGUGUCAAGGGAAAAGCAGAGGCCAAAGUUUCCUGAGGCAUGGAAGGAGAACAGUUUGGCAGUUCGUUCGCUCAAGGAGACAAUGGAAGACUGCUGGGACCAGGAUGCAGAAGCGCGACUCACGGCUCAGUGCGCAGAGGAGCGCAUGGCAGAGCUGCUACUCAUCUGGGAUCGCAACAAGUCUGUGAGCCCAACAGUUAACCCCAUGAGCACAGCGCUGCAGAAUGAGAGGUGCCUUCUACAAACCAGUCUCCCAUGUAUCACAGAGGGGAAUUUGUCUCACAGUCGUAGGGUGCCCAAAAUGGGGCCCUACCCUGACUACUCCUCCUCCUCCUACAUUGAGGAUCAUGAGGGCAUGGUGAAGAACCUGCAGAGUGAAGCCUCAAUCUUGGGAGGCUCUUCAGGUGGUGGGAAGGGUGGUCAGGGGAGCGGUGGCAGUACUGGAGCAGUUGGGGUUGGAGAAAAGAACCGCAACUCCAUAAACUAUGAGCGGCAGCAGGCCCAAGCACGACUGCCUAGCCCUGAGAGGAGUUCAGUAAGUCUCUCCAACAGCACCACUGCAACCACCAGCACUACUGGCUUGACGCCUAGCACCAUCAUGACCACCAUUUCUGAGUCAGGCCACCCAGAGGAGGUAGGCACCAGUGCUGGGGCGACAGUGAUACCAGUACCUGUGUGCCUGCAGCUCACUGAAGAAGAUCUGGAGACCACUAAGCUGGACCCUAAGGAAGUGGACAAGAACCUGAAGGAGAGCUCUGAUGAGAACCUGAUGGAACACUCAUUGAAGCAGUUCUGUGCUCCUGACCCACUCAGCUCUGGGAGUUCCAGUCUGCUCUACCCGCUUAUUAAGCUGGCUGCUGAGGUCACAGGGGGCAGUGGGACAGGGGCAGUGGGGCAGACCGAGUUUGGAGUGGGAGUUAGUGGGAUUGGAGAUGCCCAGACCACUGUCUUCCCUUUGCCCAAGCAGCAGAACCUACCCAAGCGGCCCACCACUCUGCCGCUGAAUACCAAACCCCUGGGUAAGGAGUCAUCCUCCUUGCGCCUCAAGUUUGGAAAGCAUGGAAAAUCCAACCUGAAGCAGGUAGAAACUGGUGUAGCUAAGAUGAACACAGUAGUUGCUGUUGAACCCCACCUAGUCACAAUCACAAACAACGGGCCUGUGGUCCGGGCUGCUGCAGCUGCUGCAGCUGCUGCAGGCGGGUACACAGGCCCAGCCGCCUCAUUUGGGAACUCCAAUCCCGCAGGGCCCCAGGCUGAAGGUUCUGUCCCUCUGCUGCAGUCUCAGCUUAGCAGCGAGGACAGCCGCUUGAACAUCAACUCCAGUCCGGAUGAGCAUGAGCCCCUGCUGCAAAGGGAGCAGCCUGCUGCCCGGGACCGGCUGCCGGACCUGCACCACCACACGGGUCGCACCAACUCCAACAAUAACAACAGCAACAACAACGGUGCCUGUCCCAGCACACAGCCCUCUUUAGCACCCCUAGCCUCUGACUUGGUCGCUGUAGCCACAGAACCGCAGGGGGAGGCCCUGUUGCGGCAGGACAAGCCGAGGAGAGCGGAGCGGCCCAACUCCCUGGACCUCUCCUCCACCACACUGGACUCUUUCUGCCUGCAGGAUGAGGGCUUGCUGCAGGAUGGGAAAACGGGAUCGGGUGAGAAGAUUAAGAAGCGUGUGAAGACGCCUUACUCACUGAAGCGGUGGCGUCCCUCGACCUGGGUCGUGUCCACCACUGCCCUGGACGGAGAGGUCAACAACAACGGGAAUGCUCACCAUGGCCAAAAUCUGAGUCAACCCAACACCAGCCACUCCAAAUCCAGCACUGCUGUGUUCCUGGUGGGGGGGGGCACCGCCACUGCCAUUGCUGGCAUCCCCUCUGACCCCCCAACCAUGACCUGUCUGUGAAGUAUGACCUUCGCUUGGAGCCACAGCCAUGAGGAUGGUGUUCGCUGGAAAGCAUCGCUAUUUAGGUGUUUUCCCAGGUCUUUUUCCAGGAAGUGGUUGAUAUUGUUUUUUUUUUUUUUUUUUAAAGUGUGGAAAAUGAAGAAAUGACUUAACAGCCAAGAAGCGCUUAAUUUUGUAUUUUUCCCUUGUAUUUCUCCAGCUGUCAGAAGAAAUUGCUUUAAACAGAACCCAGCUAUGCAGCAACAUUGGCUUAAAAUGCUUCCCCCCAUCUUUUUUGUAAAUGUUCUCGUAUGUCUGAAGUUUUUUUUUUUUUUUUUUUUUUUUUUUUUUUUUUGGGUAAUGUUUUGUUGCACUUUUCAAAAGUAACCCUAAUCGCACAGUUAAGUAUCUGACCAUGCAAAACAGUGGUCUUAAAAAUGUAUAAUGAAGACAUGACAAUGUGUUGAUGAUACAAUCAGAACUGACCACUCAUGUAGAUGCUGUUUUAAUGUGUGAAUGCAUAUGUAGAAUGGUCUAUAAAAAGAAAGUGGUCUUUAAGACACAAUUGCCUGCUAUAUUGUUUCACUGUUUUUCACUAUUUGUUAAUUUUAUGCAAAUUUUAUGAUUAAUGAUUUUUAUGUAUAGCUAUUCCUUUUGUGUAAUGUGUAUCCAACAUUUUGUAUCUUUUUUGAACGUGCAAUAGGCUUUAGCUUUGAGGUACUGUUUCAUUUCAGAUAUUUUCUGUUUUCCAUCAAUUUUAAUUGAUGUUGCAAGCAGCUCACUUUUGAGUGGUAGCAGUCCUGCAUUCAGCCUGCGUCUCCUGACUUUUGAGACAAUCCUUUAGCAUCUCAGACUGAAAAACAGUUGGUAUAAUAGAUGGAGUAGUUCAUUUUUGUUCUGUCACUUGGAGAACAGUAGGAUCCAUACAAUCGGAAAAUGAAGCACUGUAAUUGAUGAACUCAAGCGAACAGCUGCUCGUUUUUCUUUUUUCACAAAAGAGAACCACUUUGAUUCACGAUCCACCUCCUUGUGCUGCGGGUUCGUCCCUGUUGCCCUGGAGAAUGCAUAGCACAGCCCAACCUCAGACCGCUUGCAGCCUUUCUUCUCAUUCUAUGCAAUACAGAGCUCUGCGUUCGAACCCAAGUCUCGGCCAGUGUGUUCGUCUGUAUGUUGUGCUGGAGCAAGCUUGUAAUGUGCAGCGUAGCAUGUGGGAGAGGAGUGUGUUUGGCUGGGCCUGCCCUGUGGAGGUAGUCGCAUGACUUCUUAGUUGGGGUAGCAUAAGGGCAGGAGGGCUUUACUAACCUCCCCUCUUCACAAGCAGAGCCCUGAACGUAAGGCAUGUCUAAAUGUAUACAUUUCUCACACACAUGCGCACACACACACGCAUGUUGUGUGGUUUUAAUUUUACAUGUCUGCUAUUUGUAAAUGUAUAAACUACAGUUAAGCUUACUGGAACAAUUUGCCACUGUGUAAUGCUUUAAAAAGGAAAAUUUGAACUUUGUUUGAAACAGAAGCAGAUGCAGUUCUGUUUACCUGUGAAUGUUUUCUGCCGCUUGAGCUGCAAGCAAUUGCAUGGAGUGGUCUUCGACUUGAAAGGGAAGUGGUUGGGAGGGAUGGGCUGACCGAACUGGGCAAAGUGGUGGCUUUUAGCUCACAAAUGGUGGUUUGUGUCCUGUAAAAUGUAUAUGAUGUCUUAUUACAGCAUAACAUUAUGUUCUUAUAGCUUUUUUGUUGUUAAUCAAACUCUGCAGUAUUUGUUGGCCUCAGGAAUUUGAGGUUUGCAUGUCUAUGAAGACCUGAUUGACCCAGAUGUAUUUGGAUACUAAAACAAUAUUGCCUCAUUAGUGACUCUGCAGAGAUUUGUGUUUUGCCUAAUGUAGCUUUUUUUUUUACUUUAAUCCUUUCAUUUUUGUUGUACGUUAAUGUAAACGUAAUAUGGGACUUCACUGUAUAUCAUCAGAAGCAGCCUUUCCCUUUAUUUUUACCUCUGCUUUUUGCAGGAGAAAUAAUCACACUUGCCACCCUGCCUGCCAGUCCUAGUCCCUCCUGAUUUAGAGGGCAUUACAGUGCAUAUGCCGACAGGGCUGCUCUUAAAUCUGAGGAAGCGCGAAGCUGAGUUUUAGCUGUCAUUUUGAUAUUUGCAGUGUGACAACUGUGAAAUCUUUCUCACACACACA